AGGAGGUAAAGGGCUGAAAGGGUUGGUGAUUUUGUUCACCAAUCAACAGCACCAACAACACCAAAGCAUUCUCUAUUGUCUUGCUUUACUUCUAGCCAACUCUCUCAGCAUCUGCAAGCAAAUCAUAUCAUUAUCAUUCAUUUCAAUCACUGAAUUGGAUCCAAUUCGAAAUGCAGAGCAAGGGAUCGAGCCACCGACUUUCCAGUAUGGCUCAUCGAUCCCGCAUUCCUGCACUCCUCAUCUCCAUGUUCGCUACUUUCGCUUCUAUCUACGUCGCUGGAAGGUUAUGGCAGGACGCGGAGAACCGAGUUUAUCUCAUCAAAGAGCUCGAUAGGAUCACUGGCCAGGGACAAUCUGCGAUAUCAGUGGAUGAUACAUUGAAAAUCAUAGCCUGCAGGGAACAACAUAAGAAGCUUGAUGCACUUGAGAUAGAACUUGCUGCAGCUAGACAAGAGGGUUUUGUUUCAAAGCGCUUGAUAGAGACUAAUGGGACCUACUCUAAGAGAAGGCCCUUGGUAGUGAUAGGUAUACUGACAAAGUUUGGCCGGCAGAAGAAUAGAGAUGCAAUUCGUAAAGCAUGGAUGGGAAGUGGUGCAGCUUUGAAGAAAAUAGAAGAUGGAAAAGGCAUCAUUGUGCGAUUUGUUAUUGGAAGAAGUGCAAAUCGCGGGGACAGUAUGGAUAAGGACAUUGAUCGUGAGAAUAGGCUGACUAAUGACUUCCUAAUUCUUGAUGAUCAUGUGGAAGCAAAUGAGGGACUCCCACAGAAAGCGAAAUUGUUCUUUGCUCAUGCUGCAGAUGAAUGGGAUGCUGAGUUUUAUGCUAAAGUCAACGAUGAUGUUUAUGUAAAUAUUGAUGCCUUGGGAGCUACACUUGCAGCUCAUUUGGACAAACCUCGUGUUUACAUGGGAUGCAUGAAAUCAGGCGAAGUUUUCUCUGAACAGAACCAUAAAUGGUAUGAACCAGAAUGGUGGAAAUUUGGUGACAAAAAAUCAUAUUUUCGUCAUGCAUCAGGAGAGAUGUAUGUCAUAUCGCGAGCAUUGGCUAAAUUUGUUUCAAUAAACAGAUCUAUUCUGCGUGCCUAUGCCCAUGAUGACGUGAGUGCUGGAUCCUGGUUUAUUGGGCUUGAUGUGAAGCACGUUGACGAGGCAAACUUUUGUUGCUCAUCCUGGUCGACAGGAGCAAUUUGUGCAGGUGUUUGAGUUGGUUCUAGUGCAUUCUCGUGAGAAGACUACCAAUUGUUAGAAGGUUUGACUUCCUAAGAUCUUUUUAUCUCUACUGGAAACUGAGUGAUUCCUGGAGAUGUCUGUUGUAAAGUUGCUUCUAGACUUCUAAGUCUAUCGGGCAAUAUAGUUCCAUUAAAUUGUACAGUUUGUCAAUUGGUGGGUUGAAAGUUUAAUAGCAAUUAUUACUAAAGGCAUGCAAGAUAGCACAGCAAUUAAAAAUUUAGUUUUCCACCUAUAAGUUGGUUUCUAUCAUUCUAUGGUUCUUUCAUUCAUUCAUGGGCGUAGUGGAAGAUGGUCUUCUCUUGGUGGAAGAACUUACAAAAAUGUAUUAGUGAAAAUAUUUAUAGGAGUGACAUGGUGGCCAAUCAUCUUUUCUUUUGCAGUAAAGGGGACUUUGUAUGUGUACAGUCAGUA